AUGAACAUUGUGUUUGAAUUCCCAUCAAUCAGUUCGUUGGCGACAGAGCUAUUUCUGCUUCAACAAGGAAGUGCUUCUGAGUCCGAUCCAGUUGAAGAAGAAAUGCAACGGCUGAUCGAUCGGUAUGGUGAUUUCCCAUCUCACAAAUCAUGCGCCAACUCCGAUACAGGUGACUACAUUGUCUUGACCGGAUCUACUGGAUCAUUAGGAGCACAUCUUGUUGCACAACUUGCUAAGAUGCCUAAUGUCAGGAAAAUUUACUGCUUAGUUCGUGGGGAGUCUCAAGCUGAUGCACGUUUACGAGUGAUGUCAUCUUUGAGGAAACGCUCAAUAUAUCAUACUCUAGAGCUCACAGAGCGACAAAAAAUCAUUGCAUUGCCAUCUAAACUCUCCGAAUCGAAGCUUGGUCUUACAGAAGAGCUUUACUCGUCUAUCGCUGACAAUUUGACACUCUUGAUUCACUGCGCCUGGACGGUCAACUUCAAUCUCAGACUUGGUAGUUUCGAAAAGGAUUGCAUCGCUGGUAAGCUUAAAUCCUCGCGCCUCUCCUGGAUUUGGAGUUUUCUAUUUCAAAUACAAGUGCCGUGA